AUGGCAAUCCCUCCACCAUCAAAGAUUUCAACAACGAACCCAGCCCUCAACACACGGAGGAUGCGUCGCAUCAUUGCAGAGGACCCAGAAUGGUCCCUGACCACCAUACCCAUGCUCAGCGAACUCUGUUUGCGGCAUAUGGUCGCCAACUUUGAAAGCAAUCCUAUACUCACCCAGCUCAAUCCAGUCCAGCAGCGGAGGGUGCUGGACCACCUCUCCACUGACCUGCCCCUGAAGGUGGUCGCCAACCUGAUUACUGACGAGAACUACUGGCGCCGCCGCUGCAACCAGCGCUGGGCGGUGGGACAUGUGGAGAAGUACGGGAACAACUGGAAACGAAUGUUCUUCGAGAGGUAUCUUGAGGACCUCUUGAAACUCUUCAUCCCGGGGACCACAGACCCCAACGUGAUUCUGGGGAUAUUGCCUCUGUGCCAGGAUUACGUGGUCAGGCUCCGCGUGGACCAGUUCCUGCCCCCUGUGAAGCUGGAACAGCCAAUCCAGGAGAUGGACCAGUCCGACUCAGCCAGCGAGACGGAGCUGGACGACCUCAACAUGGACCACUAUCAGCUGGGCGACCUGGUGGCUGGGCUGCCGCGGCUGGAAGAGCUGGAUCUGGUGUUUGGAGUCAAGGACUGUGGCAUGAACUUUGAGUGGAACCUCUUCCUCUUCACCACCCGAGACUGCCUCUCCCUGGCUUCCACUAUCAAGGCUUGUCACACGCUCAAGGUCUUCAAACUGACUCGAAGCAAGGUGGAUGAUGAGAAGGCUCGUGUCCUGAUUCGAAGCCUCCUGGACCACCCAGCCCUGGUGGAGCUAGACCUGUCACAUAAUAAUAUUGGGGACCGAGGUGUGCGGGCUGCGGCCAAGCUGAUCAACCAUAGCCACCUGCAAAUCCUCAACCUGGCCAACAACAAAAUCAGAGCUUUAGGGGCCCAGGCACUGGCUCAUGCUCUGUCUUACAACACCACUCUCCUCUCCCUCAACCUUCGCCUCAACUGCAUCGAGGAUGAGGGCGGGCAGGCCCUGGCCCAUGCCCUACAGAACAACUCGACCCUCACCAACCUGCACCUGGGGGGCAACGAGCUCUCUGAGCCCACAGCCACUCUGUUCUCCCAGAUGCUGUCUGUCAAUACCACCCUGACCUGUAUCAAUCUCUCCUGCAACCACAUUGGUCUGGAUGGUGGGAAGCAGCUCUUGGAAGGCAUGUCUGACAACAAGACCCUGAUGGAGUUUGACCUGAGGAUGUCUGAGAUUGGCCAGGAGAGUGAAUACCUCAUAGGUGUGGCCCUCAAUGCCAACCGAGAGGCUGCCCGUCUUCGGAUCUUGCAGCCUACCUGUUGUCAUGUAACAGUUAGCCGUAUCAUCAAUAAUGCUGCAGGUUGA